AUGACAGAAGACCGCCGGCUACCGCCGCUCCCCCGCGUGGAUCCCCUGCCUCGGGGGCCCUUCAACCCUUUUGACUCGACCGCACUGGCCCAUAGUCCCCAGGGCUCCCAGGACUCGUUUGUGGUCAAAUCUUCGCCAUGGCCUGCUGCCGAACACAUCGUGACGCCUCCGUCGCCGGCCAACUCCGCCGACAGCACGUGGCCCGAGUCGCAGCAGCCGCAGAAGGCCUUUGAAUGGCCCCAGGAACUCACCGCAUCCGAUCUGAUGAGCCUGAUCGCCCCGAAGGAGAUCAGCCGGAAGCCCCCAUUGCAGCAGCUGUGCGGUCGCAAGCGAAAGGGAAGCAUGAUCUCCGGGGAAUCCGACGAUCAGCGGGAGAAGCAUCGCAUUGCGGAGGGCAACCGACGAAAGAACCUGAGCCACCUUCACCGGGAGUUGGACAGCCGCAUCCAUAGCUGGUUCCUUGAGCGCGCCGGAUGGAACCCGGCCAAGAGCCUGCCGGAAUCCAAGGAGCACAUCGUGCAGGGAGCCAUCUACCUCAUCGACUUCAUGCUGCUGGUCAUCAUCCACCUCAUUCGCCAGGAGAACGAGAUGCCCCGACAGCUGGCCGAGAAACUCCAACCGCAGCUCCGCUGCAUGCAGCUUCAGCAGUUAGUAUCCAACCUCCAGGAGCAGAACCAGCUGGCUCAGCAGCAGAUGAAGGCGAUGAAGCAGGAGAACCAGAUGCUCGAGGAGCGCAACCAAGCCCUUGAGAUCCAGCUGAAGUCCUACGAGCACAUGUUCCGCUCACCCAAGACGGAGCAUUCAACCCCCCAGUCGCUGGCACCGCUUCCCGACAACAGGCCUCGCCACAUGCUGCCCGGUCUGCGAGUCUUUUGCGAUGAGAUCGGUGCUCCCGGAACGGAGGCAUCGCGGCUGGAGCCCUUCCCCACGGUGACUUCGCAACCCUACAGUCACCAUAUGAUCAGCCACACUCCUCCCAUGACGGGGCCCUCGUCACCGGUUUUUGUGCCGGCCUAUUCGGUGCCUCAUUCCCGUCGUCAGUCCGUGAUUCCUUCGCCCUGA